AUGCACGGUUUUCAUCACUUUGCGCUCGAAAACGCAUGCACCCUUGUAUUAUGGAGAAUGUCAUAUGACUUAUGCCAGUUUUCAUUUGUUCGAUAUUGGACAAACAUUUUUUAUGCGUUGGACAAUUCAUACUCAGUAACCAAUACAUUAUAUAUUAUAUGAUUUAUACAUGUGUUUACAGGUUGUUACGUAAUGUACUUUACAAAAACAUAAUGUCUACUUUCACUUUCAUGUUUCAAACAUCUACCCGGUCUAGCUAUGCACUGGUAUUUUUGCCCUGUGAGCGCCCCUGUAUGAUUGUAUACGUCACUGCCUGGUUUCACAAUAAUGCGCAACAGGUGAAGGUUGUGGGAAUCCUAGUCUUAUAUUCCAGGGUAUGCUCAAAAUAUAUAACAUUGUGAACAGAACGUUUGAGAUUAUUUGAGUAGAUAAACGACCACCAUCGACAAUGGCAUUGACGAUACCAGACGAUAUAUCAAAUGCCCUUCUAGAGGCAUUUAAAUAUGACGCUGAUUCGUGUGCACGGGUAAUUUACUUUUUGGCGAAAUCCUCAGAUUGUGCAGAGCCAUUUGUUAGGUCACUGCAGAGCGUGAUGUCCAAUGCGAUGGUAUUCAAGAAAGUGGCAGAAAGGAUGGCUGAAGAUACAAAAACUGCAGAUGAAAACCCACAUUAUCGACAAAUGAUGUAUGACGUUUGGAAUAAUUUUCUGAAAGACAUAGAUAUUAAUGAUCCUGACGGUGGUCAAAGAUUGGCGUUAGCCAUCCAAUCAGACGUUAAUUGUACUGUUGCACAGUUUUGUUUUAUGAGAGCAGUUUCUCGUCUUCCUCCUGAAAGUUUUAGAGCUCUGGCAACUACCGUCAGUGCAAUGGGUGGACCAUUGGCUCUUUAUGGAGGCAGAGCCAUAACCGUCGCACGAAAGGCCCAACCUGUCGUAAGAGUUGCUCUUGUGACAGUAGUUCUUGCAUGGAAUGUCAUCUUGAAUAUAAAGCGAUGGUGGACUGGGGAAAUAACUGGCGUAAGAUGCGCGAAGAAUAUAAUAGAUUGUGGCGUAGGGGUAGCUGCAGGCAUUGGUGGCGGAAUUGGAGGAGAAAUUAUUGGUGCAUCCGUUGGUUCCAUUUUCGGACCGAUAGGAACAGGUGUUGGAAUGGUUGUUGGUGCCGUCGCAGGUGGAGUUCUUGCUGCAACAACUGCUGAGUCACUUUGUGAUCGGCUGACACAGUGGGUGUUUGGCCUGCCAAAAUCUGAGGCAUUAGAAAACGCAUACACCUUUCUCGGUACAUCAUCCAACGAUUCAAAUAGCGUUGUGAAUUCACAGUACAGACGUUUAGCUCUGCAAUACCAUCCAGACAAAGGUGGAGACGCUGAGAAGUGGACACGGCUACAAUAUUCAAUGGCCGUUAUAAGAGAAGCGAGAGGGGAACCGUAGGUAAAGGUAAUAAUUGAAAUGAAGUCUUGUUUGUGCAUUAUUGCUGGAAAUUCGUUUUUGUCAUUCGUCACUUUACUUGGUAAUUCAAUUCGUCGAGAACAAAGAGGUUGAUUGUUUGUUUGUUUUUUGUUUUUUUGUUUUUUUUUUGUUUUUUUUGUAUUUAUGUUUUUUGUUGUUUUUUAUGCUGUAUAGAAGCACAUAUCAUUUGCAUGGACAUUCCUUGCAGAAUUACUUUACAUGCUUUUUGCAUCACUGCUUACUGACUCCUUAAGUGUUGUAAUGCAUGUGUAUAACAUAAAAUUGAUUUUGUAUUCUUUUUCUCUAUGUGUGUAUUAUAAGUGAUGGGAAUCAAGAUGAUCAUAAAACAUGGUUAAGACAAUAUUCGUUAUAUUGGUGUAAAUUUGUAUAUCUUUAUUAUUUAUAUGUAUUGAAUGAUUUCUCUGGUAAAGGUGUUUUUGGUUUGGAAUUGAGAUACAUUAAUAAUAAAACCACGUUAUUAUAAUAGUUUAUGACGAAUUGCAGUUAUUUGCAUACAUUUUGAUUUAUGUUUAGAAGUAUAUAUAAGUUUUCUUUUACAUGUUUAAUUUAUAAAAAUUUUAUAUGCAUAAUUUUGUCAUGUUAAAGUAACUUUAUACUCCUUUAUUCAUUGUCCAGUUAGUUAUUUGCAUACAUUUUGAUUUAUGUUUAGAAGUAUAUAUAAGUUUUCUUUUACAUGUUUAAUUUAUAUGCAUAAUUUUGUCAUGUUAAAGUAACUUUAUACUCCUUUAUUCAUUGUCCAGUUAGUUAUUUGCAUACAUUUUGAUUUAUGUUUAGAAGUAUAUAGAAGUUUUCUUGUUGCAUGUUUAAUUGAUAUGCAUAAUUGUGUCAUGUUAAAGUAACUUUAUACUCAUUUAUUCAUUGUCCAGUUGAGAUGAAUUAGCAAUAUAUUUCAAAAGAUUAAAUGUUAAAAUGAUGAUUGACAAAUAGUUAAUAUUGGGAUUUUUUUAUGAUUUACCUUAAAGUUAAAAAGGCUGCCCUACUCUUUGUAAACAGAACGUUACAGUUUUAUUGUUUUUUUCCGAUGGAUACUGAUUUUUUUCUUAGGCCACGCAAGUUAUCUAUCGUUUAUGAGAAGUAAAUUCUUUAAUUUAAAAUGGAAACUUAUUUUCACUUUCAUCUUUUUACUCACUGUUUACCCUUUGAUGGGCUUAAUGUCAUUUUGUUCUGAAUAUAAAAUGAGACAUAUCUAUAUUAUUGCGUCGUUGUUCUAGGGUCCAUGUUAGAGAUUCCAUGAGAAAAGAUUAAUAAAUACCUUGAUGAAUGGAUGGAGAGUUGCAAGAACUAUUAGUGAUAAGUACCUUAAAGCUGUUCUAUAACUGAAAGCUAAUUAGACAUAAAUGUCUCAGAUCCUCAAAGAAUUUAAUAAAUCAUUUCAGACAUUUAAUAAAAAAAUAAU